UGAAAACACCGUUUUCCUUUCUUCUCUUUUUUUUUUUCUUUUUGCCUCCUGGUUCUCUGCUGCACCGGUGUGCGUGCAUUUCUGUAUUUGCAUUUUUUUUUCCUCCUCCUGCCGGAGAAACAACAGUUUCUCUCAGCUUUAGGGAAUCAUGACCACUGCAAAGGAAGGCAGUGCACCGUCGAAAGCGGCUCAACAGCAAGAUCAGGAGCUGGUGGGCAGUAACCCUCCGCAGAGGAACUGGAAGGGAAUAGCGAUCGCCCUUCUUGUCAUUCUGGUCAUCUGCUCGCUGAUCGUCACCUCCGUCAUCCUGUUGACACCAGGUGAGGAUGACCGUCUGGCUCUGAAGGGCAAGGUCUCAGUUGGAGAGCUCUUUAGGAGGGACUUCAAGGUUCAUGACCCAAACGCCAAGUGGAUAAGCAGUAAUGAGCUGUUGUACCGUAAUCGGGACGGCGAUGUCGUCAAGUUCAACGUUGACACCAACGACCAAACCAUCUUGGUGCAUAACAAGAAAUUCGAAAUGUACAAAGCCAGCAAGUACGAGGUGUCUCCUGACAUGAAGCAUGUGAUGCUGGCCUACAAUGUUGCACCGGUGUAUCAAUAUUCCUACACAGCCUUCUACAUCAUCUGCAGUCUGGAAACGCCGGAGACUUGGAACCUGAACCCUCCAGAGGUGCGAAACGCUCAGCUUCAGUAUGCAGGCUGGGGGCCGCAGGAUCAACAACUGAUCUUCAUUUUUGAGAACAACAUCUACUAUCGGUCUAAGGUGGAGAGCCGCUCUAUUCGUCUGGUAUCUACUGGGAAAGAAGGUGUCAUCUUCAAUGGGCUCAGUGACUGGUUAUAUGAGGAGGAGAUUUUCCAGUCCCAUAUUGCCCAUUGGUGGUCUCCAGAUGGUGCCAGGUUAGCAUACGCCACCAUCAAUGACACUCUGGUGCCCAGGAUGGAGCUUCCGAUGUUUACAGGAUCACCCUACCCAAUAGGGAAAGAGUACCAUUACCCUAAGGCUGGAGAGGAAAAUCCAGUCAUCACUCUUUAUGUUGUGAACCUUAAUGGCCCUCCGUAUACCAUCGAGAUGAGGAGGCCUGAUGAUCCCAGGAUAGGUGAGUACUAUGUGACCAUGGUGAAAUGGGCCACCACCACCAAACUAGCCAUUAAUUGGCUGAACAGAGCACAGAACAUCUCUAUCCUCACACUGUGUGAGGCUACAACCGGAGUCUGCACUAAGAAACACGAGGAUGAAAGUGAAGGGUGGCUUCACAGGCAGAAUGAGAAGCCUCUCUUUUCCAAAGAUGGUCUGAAGCUGUUUUUCACACGUGCCAUUCCUCAAGGAGGCAGGGGCAAAUUCUUUCACAUCUCCAUGUCCAUCUCCCAGCCCAACACUAGUACAGACACGCUGCAGUCCAUCACGUCUGGAGACUGGGAUGUCACUCAAGUUCUGGCCUACAACGAGGAGAGCCAACUGAUAUACUUCUUGAGCACUGAAGAUGGUCCAAAGCGAAGGCAUCUGUACAGCGCGGACACAUUCGGUUCAUUCAACCGUCGCUGCCUGACGUGCGCCUUGUCCGACAGCUGUGGAUACAUCAGUGGCUCCUUCAGCCUCAACAUGAGCUACUUUCUGCUCAACUGCCAAGGGCCGGACAUCCCGUUUGUGGCUGUUUACAAGACACAGAGAGACACAGAAAGUGAGACACAAGACAGAGAAAGUAUUGCAGAAGUCUAUAAACUGGAGAGCAAUGAGAACGUGAGGGAGGCCUUGGACUCCAUGCAGAUGCCCACAGUAGAGUACAAGGAGAUCAACAUGGAAGACUACACCUUGUCAAUGCAGAUCCUGAAACCAGCCGGCUUUGUGGAAACAUCACACUACCCGCUGCUCCUGCUUGUCGAUGGGACACCUGGUGGCCAGAUGGUUACGGAGCAGUUUCACUUAGAUUGGGCCACGGUGCUGGUGAGCAGCUUUGGUGCCAUCGUGCUGCGUUGUGACGGGCGAGGCAGCGGCUUCCAGGGCACCAACCUGCUGCACCGGAUCCAGAAGAAACUGGGCGUGUUUGAGGAGCAGGAUCAGAAAGAUGCUCUCAAUUUUAUGCUAAAGGAGCCCUAUGUUGACAAAAACAGAGUUGGAGCAUUUGGAAAGGUAUACGGAGGCUAUGUGACCAGCCUGUUGGUCAGCGGUGAGGAAUCUCCUGUAAAAUGUGGCGCUGUCCUCUCACCCAUCACUGAUUUUGAAUUGUAUGCUUCUGCAUUUUCUGAGAGAUACCUCGGACUGCCCAAACCUGACACAAGGGCAUACACAAUGGCAAAUUUAGCACACAGAGCAUCUCAAUUCAUGGAUAAGAAGUUUCUGAUUAUCCAUCCUACUGCUGACGAAAAAGUCCACUUUCAACAUACAGCAAAAUUCAUCGCCCAGCUCAUCAGUGAAAAGGCCAACUACACCCUACAGAUCUACCCAGACGAGGGUCACUUCAUCCACAGUGAAGCAACGAGGCAGCACCUCAGUCAGUCCCUGGUGAACUUCUUUGAGGAGUGCUUCAGGCUACCAGAAAGAUUGUUUGAGGAGGCUCUGGAAGAAGAGGUUGAAGACGAGGGUUAGACUGGCCUCGUAGGGCCCCUCCUGCGCCCCAAAUCUUCCCCACCCAUCUGGUCAUCUACCUACCUCCAUUCCGUCCCUGGUGUCCACAGUAUGCAACUCUCAUUUGUCCUUGGUUCAUCGUUUUCCUCGCUGUGUCCACGCGCUGCACCUGAGACUGCCUUUUCCAGCAGACGACGGAUUUGCUCCUCCACCUGUCCUCCCUCCCUUCCCAUCUGACCUGAGUUGGAAUCCAAAAGGCUCCUGGGAGCCAGUAAAGACUGAUGUCCUGACAUGAAGUUUGGGAAAAUACUGACAGGAAGCAGUCUCCUCCACCACAGGGAAGGACCAGCCCCUCAAAAGCAGUGGCGAGAAAGCAUCAGCUCUCACACAGACUUAAAGCUGUGAGGAGAAGGAACACUUUAUAGCACAUAACUUGUGGGCUUGUAUAUUAAUGAAAAUCAGACCCCUGGUGAAAAACGCUACCUGGCAUUGUUCAUAAUGGGUGUCUGGAAUAGUGCGGAUACAGGAAAUGUUACUAUUUUUAAAGUUGUGAAGAACUUUUCAUGUUGGACUGUGAUUGUGUCUGUUGUUCUUACAGUAUGUAAAAUAGCACACGAGCAUUCAUUCGGCUAUAACAUGUUUUUCUUUUGUUACUCACAUUUGCCCUGAUGUUGGUUUUAUCUUGUAAUUUGAUUUUAUGUAUUUCAGUGAUGCUGACAGAAUUCCCCGUUUUGAAAAGGAAGGAAAAAAUAGCUUUUCUUAUUCAUUAAUCUGACACAGUUUUAUUCAAAUGUUGGAAAAAACAAAAGCAUUAACUUGUUUUAGUCACUGUGCCUUACUUUGUCAGAAAACAUCCAGCUGUAGGAUUGCAUUUAUAGAGUGGAUUUUUGGAGAAUAGUUUUUGGAAAGAUUGGUACCAUUUCUCACUGUUAAAUAUGAAGCUACAAGAAGCUGUUUAGCUGAGCCUAGCACAAAGACUGGGAGCUGUGGGAAACAGCUAUCCUGGAUAGCCACCUCUAUGUAGGUUAUCUAUGAUGUGUUCUAUGAGAGGUUAUGGCAAACUGGGCUAUAUCUUGGCCAGGAGCAAGGACUUCCUGGAGUCACCAGAGAUGCUGGCAAUAAAUUAAUCUGGAAACCUUUUGACAGAAACAGGUUAGCUGGUUCUAUUCUUCUGCUUCAAAUCUUUAUGCUAUACUAACAAACUGGCUGUAAGUUCAUGUUUACCGGGUAUGUGAGUAGUAUCAGUCUUUUUCAUAACACUAAUAAUAAGUAAUCCCUUCAGUGUCUUGGGACUAAUAAAACAAUAUUUUCUACUAAUAGCUCAAAAUAGAGUAAUUUGCAGCAAAUUAAUUUUUUUUUUUUUAAACUGACAAAUCAUCUCACAAAAUAUACCCACUCACAGUACGACAAAGCUAAAAUGUACAGAAUCUGCAUGCACAAUUGCUUAUAAGUAUGAGAAUGGUAGGUGAAGAAAAGUGCAAUAGUGAACGUAAAAAGUUCUCAGAGUGUAAAUUAGCAAAUACACUGAACGAAAGUGUCACAAGAAGCCUAAGGGACCCUGUCUCCUGAACUUUGUAUAAUGGGGAAAAAAAUCAUCUCGAGGCACAACUUUAAUUUAACAUCUUUUAUUUGUUUUUGUUCGUUUUUUGAAUGGCCACUUGUGUUAUGCUUCGAUGCAUGUUAUGAGGUAAUUUGCAGCACUAUCCCUGAUAGCUCAGUUCGACAUGGUAAUUUUUGACAUCUUGAAUGUUCCUUACUGGAUUGCAUAAAUUACAU